AUGGUUGGAAAGUUACUUAUCCGUGGAACAGCUGUACGAUACCUUAAGAUUUCUCCACAUGAUGUUAAACUAGAACGUUCUCCGGAAGGAAGGCCAUAUAUUUUGGGUUAUUCUAAUGUGUUGGACUUCAAUAUUUCACAUGGUGGCGACUUCACCAUAAUUGCUGCAACUUCUGAGGGACGAUGUGGGGCUGAUGUCAUGCCUAUAGAACUGCCAGCAUUUCAAAGGUCCGUAAAUGACUUCGUUUUGAAAAUGAAGGACGUAUUUUCCUCUACAGAAGUGAACCGUAUUUUAUCCUCUGGGUCAGAAGCCGAAAAAAUGAGAAAAUUUUAUGAACACUGGUGUUUUAAAGAAGCUUACGUUAAAGCUUUAGGAUGUGGACUUCGUAUCCCCCUAAAAACAAUAGAAUGCCAGUUUUCUGACGAUGGCAAUGAAUUCUCGAUUAGUAAUGAGCUUACAAAUCAGCCAAAUAAAAAUUGGGCCUUUGAAAAACAUAACCUACCUGAAAAUCAUCUGGCGGUAGUUGCUUGGUUUGAAAACACAUAUGUGGAGACCAAAACCAGUACUUCAUUUUCCCAACUGACAUUUGAACAGUUAGUGGACAAGUUAGCAGUCCUAUCGCCUGUAGAUAAUACUGCUUGGGAUCAAUUUUUGAGGAAGCCUCAUUCACCACCAUCAUCUCGUCAACGAAUUCAAGUUAAUUAA